GGCUUUUCUCUAACCCCAGCCCCAUCGUCUUCAUCUUCACCACACUGGCCAUCAAACAUGUGCUUUGCUAAAUUAAAAUAAAAAUCAAAGGAAAAGAAGAAUUGAUUCAAUCAUCUAAUCAAUUGAUUCUUUUUCCUCCUCUUUGAUACCAAUUCCCUCCCUGGUAACGCGAUUUCUCCAUCCCUACUUUCUCUAUUUCUUUCUUUCUCCGAUUGUUCUUGCUCGAUAAUUCCACGAGAAGGAAACUUCCAGUUCUUAGGGUUCCGCUUUGGUUCGUAGGGAUUUCACUUUAAUCCUAGGCAGUUGUCAUCUUCGGAUUUGUAUAGAAUUUGAGGGUUUUAGUCUCUACGCUUUCAAGAGUUUAGGAAUUCAAAGGAAUCUAAAAGGAGAGACUUUUUAUUUUUAUUUUGGAACAAAUCGCUCUGUAAUUGAAGAGUUUCACCAAAAUAUCAAGUAGGGUGGUCUGGCAUAGAAGAAGAAGAAGAAGAAAAAAAAAAGAAAGAAGGAAAUGGAGGGUUUUGUGGAUCAUUAUAUAGUUCUAGGCCUUCCAUCUGGAGAGGAAGCUCUGAAGCUUAGCGAGAUGGAGAUUAAAAAAGCAUACAAGUUGAAAGCUUUGGACUUGCAUCCGGAUAAACGCCCAGAUGAUCCCGAUGCUCAAGAGAAAUUUCAGAGGCUCAAGACAUCUUACGAGGUUCUCAAAGACGAAAAAGCCCGAAAGCUGUUUGAUGAUCUUCUGAAAAUCCAGCGUGAAAAACAACAUAAGAAAUCGCAAGUAGAUUCAAAGAGGCGUAAGAUGAUGUCAGAUCUGGAGGAAAGGGAGCGUUCUGCUUUUGCUCCGAAUCAUGCAGCUAGACCUUAUGAUGAAGAGGAGAGAAUCGCAAGGAAGCUCAAGGAGGAGGUAGACAGAAUACGUGCAAAACAUGCGAAGAAGAGAAGUGGUUUUGAAACUCCAGAGAGUGGUGUAGAUGGAAAGAGAAAAAAAGAUAGAAGUGGAGCUGGAGCAGGAGCUAGUGUUCAGCUCGACAAAGAGAGAACUUUGAAGGUUUCUUGGGAAAGAAUCGGUGAAGGUUAUAGAGCAGAAAGGCUAAGGGAAGUGUUUUCAGAGUUUGGUGACGUUGAAGAUGUUGUUACUAAGAGUACCGAGAAGAAAUGCUCUGCUCUUAUUGUAAUGGCUACAAAAGAUGGAGCUGUUGCAGCGACGAGAACAUUGUGUGGUCAUCUCUCUAAUCCAUUGCUAGUUGUACCUCUUCAGAGAGCAGCCCAAACCGAUUUUCUGACCGCUAAGAAAUCAGCAGAAGCAGAACCGCAGAGCAACAUAGUAGGUGCUGGUUAUCAAGCUUAUGAAGACGCGGUCAUGCAAAGACUGCGAAAGGCAGCUAUGAACCAGAAAUGAUAAUGGUGCAGAGCCGGGCCUGAGCUUCUCAGUUUUUUUUUUUUUUUUAAACACCAUCUGGGUCUAAAGUUCGAGGCUAUGGUGAGCCUAUGUUGUGUGUUUUUUCUUUCGACACUUUUUUUUCUCCUUAUUUUAUAUUUUUGAA